CAGAUAGCGGCUUUAACCCACGACUCGAACCACAACACCGCACCGCCGCUUCCGCACCACUCGUUUCCCGCACCCAGACACACACGGUGACUUUUGAUAUAACAUAGGCCAGCCAUCUAUUGCUUGCGCAUAGGCUUUUCACUAACACCGCUGCCCACACGGCGGCUUAAUCUCCCCCAUCCACAAAAGCACACGCAUACCCCACACAACAAUAGCCCUCCGGCCAACAUGUCAGGCAAAACCUCUGGCUCCGACGCCAAAUCGCGAGAACAUCACGACGGCAGCGCCGGCCGAGCCUUCACCGUAGAACAAAAAGCCGCCGUAAUACGUAUCAAGCAAUGCGCGCCAACCGCUUACUACAAGAUCCUUGGGCUUGAGGAAGUAAAAGCCACCUGUUCAGACUCGGACAUUAAGAAGGCAUACCGCAAGCUCUCAUUACUUACGCAUCCGGACAAGAAUGGAUACGACGGUGCAGACGAGGCGUUCAAGUUGGUCAGCAAGGCAUUUCAGGUGCUGAGUGACCCGGAUAAGAAGAAGAAGUACGACCAGUUUGGAUUGGACCCUGACGCAAGGUUCGAUCCGCGGGCUGCGGCGGGAGCGAGUGGUGGUGGAGGCCCGAGUCCGUUCGGAAAUGGAUUUGCAAGGAGAGGGCCGGCCGGCUUUGAGGAGGAGAUGACACCAGAGGAACUAUUCAGACAAUUCUUUGGCGGCGCUUUCGGAGGGCCUUUCGGCGGCAUGGACACCGGCCCAGGCUUCGUCUUCAACCUUGGUGGCGGCCCAGGAAUCCGCGUCCACCAAUUUGGCGGCGGCCACCCACGCAGACGCCCCGGCACCGCCGCGCCCCCCGGCUCCGAAGGCCAACAAAACCUCUCUUCUGCGUUUGCGAACCUCCUCCCCCUCCUUUUCCUCUUCGUCCUUCCCCUCCUCUCCUCCUUCUUCUCUUCUUCUUCCUCUACAUCCGCAGGCCCCAACCUCGUCUUCGAAACCCCCCGCACACCUAACACACUCAAGCGCGUCUCCUCUCGCAUAAAAAUCGACUACUACGUCAACCCCAAGGACGUCCACGACUACACUCCUAAAAAAUGGCGCAAGCUUGACGAGGUGGCCGAGCAGCAGUACGUUCACAUUACAAACACGAGGUGUCAGUCCGAGAAAUACAAGCAGAGGCAGCUUAUGGAGGAAGCCCAGGGCUGGUUCUCGGUCGAUAUGGAGGCUAUGAAUAAGGCGAGGAAUAUGGAGUUGAAGAAUUGUAAUAAGCUGAAGAAACUGGGGAUAGAUGUUUACCGGGCGUGACAGUAACUUAUGAUUGUAUUGUUUUUCCUAGGCAUAUUAUGGACUGUGCUAUUCUUCCUGAGUUGUUGGAUUGAAAUUUUUGAUAUGAGCGACCUUUUUCUUUAAUUUUUUUAGUUCAGAUGAGGGUGGGUUUGGGGCCAGAAAAUACUUGUUCAGAUGCACACGCAUGGCGUAUGGGGGUUGGGGGCAUGGGCGUUUUGCUGAUAAAGCGGUGCGGGUGGUUUGUUUCCUGACGCAGCGAUUCGAUGUUCUUUCUCUUCACCAAAAUGAAGUCUUGCUCGGGCUUUUGCGUCCAGG